CUGUUGGAACUUCUUCAUAGCUCACAUUGUUCUGAUUAGUGACUAGAAGGAUUCAUGUUUAGUAUCCAAAACCAAGAUGAGUUUGAGUAUUAUCUGGUUAGUUCUCUGCUUAUUCUUAUCACCGUCUUUGCAGAGUGUACACAACUACACUACUAAUUCUCUGGAUGCUUUUCUUCAGGAUUCUGCUUUCAAGACUCUAGUACGGCACCGGCCCCAAACCGGUGCUUUAUAUACAGCUCUUCUCCCGGCCAACCUCUCAGGCAUGGAGGUCUCGAUUGUGCGUCUCAGAAGCAGGAGAUUGUGGAACAUUGGUGCUAAUUUUAGCAACUUUCAUAUACCAUCAAGAACCAAGACAACGCCUCAUGUCAAGAGGCUGGCUGUAGUAUAUCAGGACUUGGGCAACUGGUCUUCUCACUAUUAUUCCGUUCCAGGCUAUUCAAUGCUGACUUCAGUGGUUGGUUUCAUGGUUUUCAAUGCAUCAAAUGCAAGAGCCAAGAGUAUCAAGAGAAUUAGUCUUGAUACCAAUAGAAGGAACAUAAUAAUUCAUUUUGCUAAUUUGACAUUUCAUGAAAGACUGAUCUCAGAAGCGAAAUGUGUAGCGUUUAGCGAAAAUGGGACCUUUCACCUCAGUGAAAUAAAUCAGCUUAAUGUAUGUUAUUCUCAAGAUCAGGGUCACUUCUCUGUUGUAGUUCCGAUGAAGAGAAAAGGAGAGGGCCAAAGGAAGCAUUCUCUUUGGUAUGCAUGGAUAAUAGGGUUUAUAGUUGGAUCGGGAGGACUAGCUUUGGUGGGAUAUUUUGUGUUGGUGUCUAUGAAACUUCUGAGGACUCAAAAAAUUCAAGUAAUGGAAAGGCAAGCUGACGAAGAUAUGGUUCUUGAAACCAUUUGGGUUGGUAAUAGUAAAAUGCCAUCUGCAACACUGACAAGGACGCAGCCAACCAUUGAGAGUGGAGGUUUUCCAUAGCUCUGAUAUGGUCUUUCUUUACCUUGAUGAUCAUCUAAGUCUGUCCAUCUUCAUUCUAGCUCUCUUUCUUUCUUUCUGCUUUUUGGGUUAAAGCCUUAGGUACCGACUGUGAGCUUCUGAUAAAUUUGUCAUGUAUAUCAAGCAGUUCAUAUUUGCCUAGAAUAUGAUUGGAGUUCGAAUUGUGUGAAUUACUGAGCCUGCUGAUGGGUUUGCAUUUUACUCGGAUAGUAGCACAAAGGAACUUUGUUAUCAGUUUCAACAGGCCAAGGCAAUUCAGCUCAACCCCAAACCAGUUCAGAUAGGUUAUGUACUUGGAAACAAAACAAAAAAAACCAUGACAAACACUUGCACUCAGUUGCUUAAGCUGUGGGGGAUGAUUUCAUAUUUACAAAAUUCAAGAAACAACAUGCAUCUUUUAAACGGAGUUAUUCAGCUACUCCCAAAUGAGCUGCUUUGAAUGAAUAUCAGAACAGGAUGCACAAUCCUUAUGCA